AUGGCAAGGGAAACAGUGAAAACAGCCCAGACCAUGAGCCCGAGAGCGUCUAACUCCAAGUGCUCAGUUCAUGAGCUGGAGAACAUAGAUGAGAAUGCUCCUGCAGAUUGGACUGCAUCAUCCUGCCCCCCACCUGAUACUCCGACUGAGUCAAUGGAGUUCCUUGCCAGAUCAUGGAGUCUUUCAGCCAUGGAACUCUCUAAAGCACUGCACAGCACCAACAUUACGAUCUCCACCGGUAUAGAGAUGCCACUUUCUUGCCCUUCAGGUCCCCAAUUUGAUACCAAGAGUUCCGCUGCUUCAAAGGAUUUAUCUAACGGUUGUUAUCCUCCAAUUUCACCAAGAGACAGUAGCGAAAAGAAGGAUUUACUUUUGCUCCAUCAGGCACUCAGUACAGAACUCCUUUCCAGUCAAAACUUGCUCAGAAAUGGGCUUUACAGGAGCUUGCUAAGAGGGAGGACGAUGGGUAGGUGGUUGAAAGAUCAAAAGGAGAGGAAAAAGCAGGAAAUUAGGACCCAUAACGCUCAUUUGCAUGCUGCAGUAUCUGUGGCUGGUGUUGCUGCUGCUAUUGCAGCGGUUGCAGCAUCAACAGCAUCACCUGAAUUGCCUUAUGCCAACCAUAAGAACCCUCCUCCCCUUGCUUCUGCUGCAAUUGCAUCUGCAGCAGCUUUAGUAGCCUCUCACUGCAUUGAGAUUGCAGAAGAUAUGGGAGCUGAACAUGACCAAAUAUUAACAGUAGUCAACUCUGCCAUUAAUGCAAAGUCCAAUGGAGAUAUAAUGACUUUAACAGCCGGAGCAGCCACAGCCUUGCGAGGAGCUGCUACUCUAAAGGCAAGGCUGCAAAAGGGGCCUGGAGCAACUGCCAUUCCUCUAGUUGAGGAAAAGUGUGAUGAAAGCAGAGAAGCAAACAUCUUGACAGCACUGGACCAUGUCUUUAAAGGAGGAGAUCUUCUCAAACGUACAAGAAAAGGAGAUCUUCACUGGAAGCAAGUCUCUUUCAAUAUAAAUUCAAAUUUGCAGGUUGUUGUCAAAAUGAAAAGCAAGCUUAUGGCAGGAACAUUCACAAAAAAGAAGAAAUAUAUAGUCACAGGCGUUUGCAAUGAUAUCCCAGCUUGGCCUGGAAGAGAGGGGGAAGACAUCAAUGAAAAGAGGGCAUAUUUUGGAAUAAAAACAACAGACAGGGCAAUAGAAUUUGAAUGUGGAAGUAAAGGAGACAAACAGUUCUGGCUUGAGGGUAUCCAGUAUAUGUUGAAUUGCCGUGUCAAAGUAACAUUAUGA